CUUUCCAUAUGCCGACCGUAUACUCCAUGGGAAAUAUCCCGUACCACCACGCCGGCCGUUGAGGCUUUUUUCAUCGCCAUCACUGAAAACAGCAGACAUUUCGUAUCCAGAGAUGUCCGGUCAGGGAGCUACCCUCUUCCUUGUGGUCUUUGCGCUUUUCGGCGGGAUUUCAAAUAGCGUUCUGGCGCAGGGAGACGAGGAGGCUGCAAACGGCAGAGAAGAGGCGGCAGAAACACAGCCCGUCAAACUCACCGCGCUGUUCAAGGGAUAUGACCCGCUCAUCCGCCCAAACUUCCAUGGCAAACCCGUUGCCGUACAGAUGAGUAUGACCAUCGCCAGUAUUGACCAGGUGUCGGAGGUAGACAUGGACUACACAGUGACCGUUCUGAUGCGUCAGUACUGGAAUGACCCGCGCCUGAAGUUCCCUGGGAACAGGAGCAUGAGUCUGGAUCCCAGGCUGGUGAAGAAGCUGUGGGUCCCUGACACGUUCCUGGAGAACUCCAAGUCCUCCUACCUGCACGCCGUCACCGUGGACAACGCGCUCAUCCGCCUGUUUCCGGACGGCUCCAUCCUCUACGGGAUGAGAAUAACUGCCAAAAUGGAAUGUGAGAUGGACCUGAGAAAGUAUCCAAUGGACGAGCAAAGCUGCCCCUUCAUCUUGGAGAGCUAUGGCUAUACCACGGAGGAUAUGACGUAUGAAUGGCGGGAAGGAGACAAGUCUAUAUCCGGUUUGAAGGACAUCCGCUUGUCUCAGUUCACCAUCUACGACUACAAGGCCUUGCAGGGAUAUGGGGACUAUGAAACCGGCAAAUAUCCCCAGCUAGUCGUGCAGUUCACCAUUCGCCGCAACGUGUUCUUCUUUCUUCUCCAAUCAUACCUGCCCUCCAUGCUCCUCGUUGUUCUGUCCUGGGUUUCCUUUUACAUCGAUACAAAUUCAGCUCCUGCACGGGUCUCUCUAAGUAAGAAAACUGUCUUUCUGCAAGAGUCUUCCCCCAUGCGUACUGGACGGAGACCUCACUCAAUUGUUUCCUCUUCGGACAGUCAAAAGUCUGUUCGUCACGUCUUGAAAGGGGCACAAAUGCAUCUAUCAAUAUUUUAUCAAAUACGCCUCUACCCACGUCCAGUUCGUACGGGUAGAAUCUCUUCCUUUCUCUCUGUCUGCACACUAACAUACACUUCCACCCUCUGUCCUGUCGGCAUUCCUUCCCAAGGCCGCUAUCCACAACUUGCCCUGCACAUCCAUAUGCAACGCAAUGUGGUGUUCUUCAUGCUACAAACCUACCUGCCGUGCAUACUGAUAGUCAUUCUGUCUUGGGUGUCCUUCUUCAUUGAUAAGGACUCGACGCCGGCUAGAGUCGCUCUAGGUGUCACCACUGUUCUCACCAUGACAACGUUGGUCUCGGGAACGAGAGCUCAACUGCCUAAGAUCUCGUACAUCAAGGCCAUUGACGUGUACCUGGUGGUCUGUUUUGUGUUCGUGUUCGCCGCUCUGCUGGAGUACGCAGCCGUCAACUACCAGUCCAGAUACUACAAGACACCCAGGAAGUCAAGAAAGUCCAAAAAGGCCGAGAUUGAGGAAAUCCAGCUCGAAGAGAAGAAAGCUCCCCUUGCAGUCCCAGAGAACGACGGAAGUGCAGCUAGAAAUGGGACCACUAGGAGGCGCUUCCCCAGCCCAAAGGUUCUGACCAGCUUCAGAAGUGGACGGAAGAUCAUAGAAGACGUGAACGACAUCGAUAAGUUUUCCCGCGUCCUGUUUCCAGUUACAUUUGCUGUCUUCAACGCCAUAUACUGGAUUGUCUACACAGUAUAAAGAUAUUGUACUCUCAAGUUCAGUCCUGUAAGUCGUAUUUGUAAUAUGCUAUCUUGCAAAUGUCAGUGUAUGGCUUAGUUGUUUAGAGCAUUGAUCUUAAUUUGUAAAAUUUGUAAAAAAUACUUUCCUAUGACAAAAAGUCUUCAUUAACGGCUGGAAUCUCUAGGAUCAGAAAUGUCGAUGCACUAACUAGUAGUGUGCAUUAUUUCUGAAGUCCAAUCUUUAUUGUACAGUGAGGCAUGAAACGUAAGACGUAGUGUGACGGACAGCGCGCACAACAGCGAUCUCCUGAUCAAGGAUCGACUGCGGCGUGAUAUGUGAUUUUUCAGUUGUCAUUAGGAUCAAUGGGGUGAUCGUGUGUGCGUUUUGGCAUAGGAAUGGUUAGAGUUAACUUGUGGAAUAAACUAAGUAGUGCGAACCGUCGGAAGAGACAUGCAUAUAGAAGUUGACAUAAAAUGCAGGACCACAUCAUGAAAGUGCACGACGACGUUGUCAUUAAAAAUCACCGACAUUAAUUGAGUCGAAACGUCCAUCCUCUAUGAUCGUUUGCCUUCCGUCCUGUAAUGCUGAAGAUAUUUAGCUUAUCGAAUUGGAAAACUCUCUUUACUACAAUAGAGAACGUCGCAAAGCUAUAAAUAAGCUACUAACUUUGCUUCAGGGAUGGCUCGAGUAAAAAUGACAUUCCCACAUAUUUGUUGUUCAUUUGUUGCCUACAAACCUACACCUCAUGACACGACUGAUAUGUAAUGUAUAUUUACGAUCUUUUUCCUCUUCUUCGUCAGAAUAUUAUUUUCAAAGGCAUAUAACUGUUUCAUAAUAGUAUGAAUUUACCCUACCGUUGUUUAAAACGUGCGUUUACCACCCUAGGGAUUAUGUCGAUAGUAUAAUCAUUAACUAGGUUAGUAACAUGUUGAUAUCCUAAUAGUGUUAAUUACGUAUACCUGACCCGUUGGUGGCG